AAUACGAAACUAAAAGCUUCCGAUUGUGUCGGUGUUGCUAUAAAUGGCGUUGUCAAUGUUUGAUACCACGAAGAAAGAAACCACAUCCGCCUUUUAACAGUGGAUCGAAGUUGAACGACAAUCUGGGUUUGCAUCCCAAAUUAACAUCAUUUGCAACAACGUCGCCAGCUGUGGGUUCUUAUAAUCCUCGGCCAAUUGAUCGCAAAUCCGGAGCUAUUAGUUGGAAAAGACAACAAGAAACGAAAGAGUUCUCUGCCACGAUGGGUGGCAGAUUGACGAAAAAAAUCGCGACCGAAAAGAAAUUGAUUAGGACCAGUCGUGGACCUGGAAGUCAUGAGAUAAUUCGUUGGCCAGAAAAUAUUUUGGAAGCACCUUGUAAGAGUUUGCAAAGGGAUGUCGCUUUUGGUACCGUUCCGCAAUUUGAACCGAGUUAUAAAUCUACAACACCUGGUCCAGGAUACAUACUUCGAACGCACAAUCCUUAUUAUUAUUUGGACCAGAAGAGACUGAAAGGUUAUUCUUGUAUACCUUCUUUUGAAUUUGAUGGUCUGAUGUCUAGAUUCCGAGAAACUAAAAGAAGUUGGUCUCUACCUUGUAAUAGGUAUAGUGUAAAACAUCCGGAUUCACUACAAACUUUUCUCGAAAAAGUCACGAGCAAAAGAGGUCCUUACGAUCUCUUUACAGGACCGAGAGAUGAGACUACUAUCAAAGGAUAUUGGACGUAUCCGAAAUCAGAGGAUUAUGGGGAUUGGCCACGGAAAUUGCCAGAUGAAAUGGAAAAACUUUCGAACAAAUGCAAUUAUUUUAAAGGAAAAUGGUCUAUGAAUCCUAGAUUCACAAAAAAACCGGUUGCAAGGAUAAUAUUACAAGACAUCAACAUGUGUUACAAGGAUCCCAAUGAACCAGGACCUGGUCAUUACGAUCCUCGAACGCCGCGAAAACCGAGUACACUCAAAAGAUAUCCUUUCGAUAGCAACAUAGAAUAUGUACGACCUCUUCCGCCAAGUGAUAUUCGUCCUGGACCAGGGAGAUAUAAGAUUCAACAAGAUUAUCAUAUAAAAGGAUAUGGAUGGACAUGCGUUUUUAAAAGCAAAGUGCCUAGAACGAUCGGCGCUUUUAUUCCGCCGUUGUAUAGCGAUUUUUAA